CAAAUUUCAUGUUUUCUUUAAAAAAUUGUUAUUGCGCAUGCGUACCCGUAUAGUUGAAAAUGGGACAACAACAGUCUGGUGGUAGUGGUGGUGGAGGUGAGAAGAAAGAUGAUAAGGAGAAGAAAAAGAAGUACGAGCCACCAAUACCAACCAGGGUUGGUAAGAAGAAGAAGAAAAUUAAGGGACCUGAUGCAGCCAGCAAACUUCCACUUGUGACACCGUACACAAGAUGCAGGUUAAAGUUGCUCAAGCUGGAGAGAAUCAAAGAUUAUCUGCUGAUGGAGGAAGAAUUUAUCAGGAACCAGGAAAGACUCAAACCACAAGAAGAAAAACAUGAGGAGGAGAGAAGUAAAGUGGAUGAAUUGAGAGGAUCGCCGAUGUCUGUAGGAACAUUGGAGGAGAUCAUAGAUGAUAACCAUGCAAUUGUGUCGACAUCUGUCGGCAGUGAACAUUAUGUUUCUAUAUUGUCAUUCGUUGAUAAAGAUCAGUUAGAGCCUGGCUGCUCGGUUCUUCUCAACCAUAAGGUACAUGCAGUUGUAGGAGUGCUAGGAGAUGAUACAGAUCCCAUGGUGACUGUGAUGAAACUUGAGAAAGCUCCACAAGAGACAUACGCUGAUAUAGGUGGUCUUGAUACACAGAUACAGGAAAUCAAGGAAUCUGUAGAAUUACCCUUAACACAUCCAGAAUAUUAUGAAGAAAUGGGUAUCAAACCUCCAAAAGGUGUCAUUUUAUAUGGAGCCCCUGGAACAGGUAAAACUUUACUGGCAAAAGCUGUGGCCAAUCAAACAUCUGCAACAUUUCUGCGAGUAGUAGGCUCAGAACUUAUACAAAAAUAUUUGGGAGAUGGUCCAAAGUUGGUACGAGAACUAUUUCGUGUGGCAGAGGAGCAUGCUCCAUCUAUAGUGUUCAUUGAUGAAAUUGAUGCCAUUGGUACAAAAAGAUAUGAUUCAAAUUCGGGUGGAGAGAGGGAAAUACAGAGAACUAUGUUGGAGCUGCUCAAUCAGCUAGAUGGUUUUGAUUCCAGGGGUGAUGUUAAGGUAAUUAUGGCCACAAAAGAUUGA